AUGCUGAAACAGAGCAACGAGAGGAGACCGUCCCUGAGCUACAAGCCCUGGACUAUUCCCGAGACCGAGGAGGUGCCCAGCACCAGGAGCAACCAACAUCGCAGGAGCAUCUGCUCCUUGGGAGCCCGUACUGGCUCUCAGGCCAGCAUCACACCACCGUGGACCUACAAUUACUACAUUGAGGAAGAUGAGGACGGCGGGGAGGAGGAAGAGGACUGGAAGGAUGACCUUGCGGAGGAGAACCAGCAGCCGGAGUGCCCCACAGCCCCUCUGGAUGGCCAUACUGACACUCCAGCCCAGCUCUCCACGCUGAAAGUGAACGUAGGCGGCCACAGCUACCAGCUGGAAUGCUGCGAGCUAGCCAACUACCCCAAAACGCGUCUGGGCCGUCUGGCCACCUCCACCAGCCGCAGCUGCCAGCUGGGCCUGUGCGACGAUUACGAGGCACAGACAGACGAGUACUUCUUUGACCGUGACCCCGCGGUCUUCCAGCUCAUCUAUAAUUUCUACAUAUCCGGGGUGCUGCUGGUGAGAGAUGAGCUGUGUCCCCGCAGCUUCCUGGAGGAGCUAGGCUACUGGGGCGUGAGGCUCAAGUACACACCACGCUGUUGUCGCAUCUGCUUUGAGGAGCGGAGGGACGAACUGAGCGAGCAGCUCAAGAUCCAGCGGGAGCUGCGUGCACAGGCACAGGCCGAGGAGGCCGAGGAGCUCUUCCAGGACAUGCGCUUCUACGGGCCGCAGCGUCGCCGCCUCUGGAACCUCAUGGAGAAGCCCUUUUCCUCCGUGGCCGCCAAGGCCAUGGGGGUGGCCUCCAACCUCUUCGUGCUCAUCUCUGUGGUGGCCCUGGCGCUCAACACGGUGGAGGAGAUGCAGCACCAGGCUGAGCAGGGCACGGGUGGUGGGGACCCGAGGCCCAUCCUGGAGCACGUGGAGAUGCUGUGUGUGGCUUUCUUCACCCUGGAGUUCCUGCUGCGCCUCGCCUCCACCCCCAACCUGCGACGCUUCGCGCGCAGCGCCCUCAACCUGGUGGACCUGGUGGCCAUUCUGCCCUUCUACCUGCAGCUGCUGCUUGAGUGCUUCACGAGCGAGGACCAGAGGGGUGGCAAGGGUUCCCCGAUGGAACAUGACCUGGAGACCGUGGGGCGCGUGGGCAAGGUGGGCCAGGUGCUGCGCAUCAUGCGCCUCAUGCGCAUCUUUCGCAUCCUCAAGCUGGCACGCCACUCCACCGGGCUGCGUGCCUUUGGCUUCACACUGCGCCAGUGCUACCAGCAGGUGGGCUGCCUGAUGCUCUUCAUCACUAUGGGUAUCUUCUCCUUCUCUGCAGCUGUCUACUCGGUAGAGCACGAUGUGCCUGGCACCAACUUCACCAGCAUCCUCCAUGCCUGGUGGUGGGCCGCGGUCAGCAUUUCCACUGUGGGCUAUGGAGACAUGUACCCAGAGACCCACCUGGGCAGGCUUUUUGCCUUCCUCUGCAUCGCUUUCGGGAUUAUUCUCAAUGGGAUGCCCAUUUCCAUCCUCUACAACAAGUUCUCUGAUUACUACAGCAAGCUCAAAGCCUACGAGUACACCGCCAUCCGUAGGGAGCGGGGAAAGGUGAACUUUAUGAAGAGAGCCACCAAGAAGAUGGCUGAAUGUUUAUCUGGAAGCAACACACAGCCCACCACAAGGCAUGAGAAUUAA